AGGCCUUUCCGAUUCGCAUUUCGCACCUCAUCCUCACGGACUAUUCUUUGAGACAAAGACGAUGCUUGUGGAUCUCACACUUCUAUAAAUACAGAGACAUGAUGAUGAUGAUGAUGGAAUCAGCCAUGGCCGUCCGAUUCUCCGCCGGUGCAAAUGUCUGCUCCUCCACCGCCCUACCCUAUUGUCGCUCAAUGUGGAGCUCGGAGGAUUUGCACGGAGUCCAUGUCACCUCUUGCGGGCUCUCUCACUCUGGCAGUUUCGAUUCGCCGUGGAAUAGAAUUCGAAGAUUAAAAGGCCGGUACCUGACAAGAAGGAACACACUCAUAAAAAAUAGAAUUCGAGCCUCUGUGGAGCAUUUGGACUCAGCUUGGGAUCCUGAAAAGCAGAAUGGGACGUCACAGUACCAUCCAGAUGAGGAAAUUGCUGAGCCUAUGUCAGAAAAUGGUGGAGAUGUUAGACUUACAACCGCAGAAACUUCUAGGACAAUUCUUGAGGUAAAUAGCAAAGCGACACUCCUGUUUUCCAGUUUGAUCAAUGAUGAAGUUCAUGAGAACAUUCUCUUGCCUGACUUGCCUUAUGUUACUGAUGAACAUGGAAAUAUAUACUUUCAAGUGAACAAUGGUGAUGGUGAUGAUGUGUUUCAAUCUCUAACUUCAGAAAAUAACUUUGUGCAAGUCAUUAUAGGCUUGGAUACUAUGGAAAUGAUCAAUGACAUGGAGUUAUCAGGUCCAUCGGAAAUUGAUUUUGGAAUUGAGGAAAUUGAAGAUGAAGAUAGCGAUGUUGAAGAUGAUGAUGAUGAUGAGGAUAAUGAUGAAGAUGAUGAUUAUGAUACGGACUGGGUUGCCGUUCUUGAAGAUGAAGAUGAAGAUGAAGAUGAAGGUGAGCUGGAUGAAUCUGAUGAGACACUUGCAGAUUGGGCAAAGUUGGAGACAAUGCGUUCUUCUCAUCCAAUGUAUUUUGCCAAAAAACUAUCUGAGGUUGCUUCAGAUGAUCCGAUAGACUGGAUGGAUGAGCCUUCAGCUAGUGUUGCUAUCCAGGGCCUUCUAAGACCUGCUUUUAUUGAAGAACAAUCUGUCAUCCAGAAGCAUCGAUCUGACCAUAAGUCCAGUAAUGCUGACGUAAACCAGGUUGGGGAAAUUGUAGAAGACAAACUAGAAGAUCUUGGUAUGAUUAAUGAUCACAGACAUGAAUCAGGGUCAUCUGAGAAUAGUUCAAUCUGGGCAGAGGAAGCUGAGAAGGAUGACAUCCCUGUAAAUGGAACUUCAUUUUACAGGCUGGAGAUGACUAGGAUUCAGUUUUUCUCCUCGUAUGGACAUCCGACUGUUGUUGAGGUAGAAGACUUCAUGAAAGCUCAACCUGAUGCUAUUGCACACUCAGCAGCCAAAAUUAUAUCUCGUCUAAAAGCUGGUGGAGAAAAGACCACACAGGCCCUCAAAUCUCUUUGUUGGAGAUGUAAGGGUCUCCCAGUGGAGGAGGCAGCACUUAUUGGUGUAGAUACCCUUGGGUUUGACUUAAAGGUUUGCUCAGGAACACUAGUACAGACAUUGCGGUUUGCAUUUAAUACAAGGGCCACUUCAGAAUACAGUGCUGAGAGGCAGCUUAAUGAUCUACUAUUCCCAAGGAUCCCCUACAAGCCGCAAAAGAUGAAACAAACCUAUCAAAAUGAAUGCUAACAUUGUCAAAUGCCAUAUCCCAUUCUGGAAGGUAGUUGUACCCUCUUCGAUAAGAUCUGAAUGGUGAAAGAAAAAGAAAAAUCAAUGAGCAUUCACGAGCUUAUGUAAUUGUUGUUUGCAAGAAAUCUUCUAGGAAUUCUUUCUCUUCCAAGCUGCUUUUUCUUCUAUUUCUCAUCCAUAGUCCUCUAUUACCUGAGCUUUUGUAUUUUCAUGAGCUUUCCUCAUUUUCGAGGGUUGCAAAUGAACUAUGAACUUGAAUAGCCUAGAUUCAAGUUAGGUUUAUUUAUUAAACAACUUGAAAUUAAAUUAAAAUGAGUCAUUUUCUUCA